UUCCUUUUUAACGAUCUGCUUUUUUUAACAAUCUGCUUUUUGCCAUGGGACAGUGGGAGCCUUGUCCAGUGUGCGAUUUUCCGUUCGAGAUUGGAGAUCCACAGUUUGAAGUCCACGUAAACGGGCACUAUGAAGCGGAGGAGACUAACCAAGUCGUCGCUGCUCAACAUCUUGUAACAAACGUCUCCAGUGCAUCUGAUGUACCUGCUGAAGACUCUACUCUGAGAGCGACCCGCCCCAACUGGAAUGGAAAUGCAACAAGCUCACAUACAAACUUAGAUGUACGUUGUCACGUCUUCCCUGCGUUCGCGACCUGCUGAGAGCUUGUCUAUACACAUUGUGUCGCUCGUUGGGUGUAUAGCAACGUCAAGGUCCUCAGACAACUUUGCCUUCUCCAACACCAAGUUCUCCAGUUUUUCAUAAUCCAAUGAAGCGACCGGAUCGAUCUUUCGCAGGGAAGCAACCUCUGCCAAAGCGACAAACGAAGGAUUUGCGGAAGGGAGGAGAAGAACCAGCAAAGUCCGCAUCUGAUGGCCGUAUGACGCCAGGUAUUAUCCCUAAGCUCACAUCCCUAUUAAAGGAUAAUGCACAUGCGAAAGUACAAUCCAAAAAUUCCCUGAAUCAAACGAAAUUAGCGUAUACCUGUCAUUCCUCUGUAAUACAUUAUGAAGGAAGUAUUAUGGAUAGAGGUUGGGGAUGUGGCUACCGCAAUUUUCAAAUGUUACUAUCAAGCCUACUCCAAAUGCCACCUUAUCGGGAUCUUGUGAUUGCAUCGCUGCAGCAAGACUGUGAUCCACGCAGUGAAUGCUUGCGGGUCCCUGAAAUUGCCACGUUACAAAGCAUGGCCGAGAGUGCUUGGAGGGCCGGGUUUGACCAGAUGGGUGCCAGCCACUUCUCUGGCCGUUUAGUAGGAUCACGGAAAUGGAUUGGCGCCACAGAAAUCGCGGCCACUCUUCUGUGGAUGGGGAUAAGAGUGACAGUAUAUGACUUCCAUCGGCCCUCGGGUUCAGAUGGCAAACACCAUGCGGUUCUGGACACGGUUGAGCAAUACUUUAGGGAAGCAGCCCAAGAAGCUGUCGCACAGCAAUCUGAAGGAUUAAAGCGGUUUGGAUUUACUUCAACAAGUGAGCGAGCCAUAAUUACCUCCAGCGAAAAGCCACCUCUCUACUUCCAACAUCAAGGACACAGCCGGACGAUCGUCGGCAUUGAGACUUUGCGAUCUGGGGUACGGAAUCUACUCGUUUACGAUCCCAGUAACAGCGUCGCGGAGGACCUGCGGUCUCCUCUUUCGAGUUCGCCAAUGUCAACGUCUUCGUGCAAUGCGAAAGGACUGCCGAAAAAGGAAACAAAUUCUUUGAGCGGGACACCUAUUCCUUUUGGCACCACCCAACGGCUCCUUCGAUCUUAUCGUGUGGGAUUAGAGCAGCUUGCGAAACAUACACAAUAUCAAGUCGUAGCAGUUACAGGGGUAGGAUGGAAUUCAGAAGCGGAACGGGAGAGAGGAAAGAUACUGACAUCGCAGAGAAUUCCAUAAGAUUGAAACCAUGGUUCAGUCGCCACCUCCUCUAUCUCGUCUUCGUCUUCUACAUCCAAAACCAUUUCCAUGAUAUACUCUAUAUCGCCGCGCAAUUUGCCGCAGAAAUAGUCGAUAGGAAGAUCGUUCUGCGAAAAAGGGACAAAAGUCAGCCACUGGCUUUAAUCGAGAUGGUAGUAAAUGAUGGAUGCUGUCACGAACUUCGUCCGUCCCAAAUGGUUCUUCAAUUUCUCCCGCUAUACAAGCGCGCGUAGUUAGCAAUAUUGUGACGUUCCGUCACAGAUCGGACGUACCGUACCUAUUGCAUCUGCCCCAAAGAAGGCUAGGGAGGUGAUUAUAGUGACGGGUAUCAGUAGCCAUCCUAGUUGGCGGACAAGUUGAAAGGGUAGAGCUAGGAAAUAUACCAGCAGUAUCUGUGUUGUGGAGAGUUAGUUUGUGACUUCCCUAGACAUAUAUUGAACGCGUUCCACAGCGUGCCUGCUUCAGAUGAAUGUCGUACGAUUUAGGCAUAGGUAUAUAUAGAAUCUGACAGCAAUCCAAAGUUUAGCGAAUACUGUUACCACUACAUCCCAUGC